CCAAGAAACACACCAAUCAGUAGAACUUUAGAUGUGAAGGAAAACGGUCAGAGUUUCUUGCGUGCAUUCACGAAAAACUUUUCGUUUUCGGUAACAUAUCCGGUGGUAGUACGGACCACAGAUCGUACGUGUAUACUUUUCAAUUUUCGUUAUAUCGCCAAAUAUCCGAAAUUUAGGCCAUUGGAAGUGAUUGGAAUAUUUAUGUAUAUAUAUAUACUCACAUGUAGCGACUGGUGUUAACGUCUCGUACGGUGAAUUCAAAACAAUAUUGAAAAGGGAAAAGAGCGCAUGUCUUCGCUAUAUAUUUACGAAUAUCCAGUUCAGUUCCUUGUGGAACCACCAUACGAUAAUAUUUUCAUGUGAAAUUUUUGUUUUAUUUUUGUGUUGUGACGUGAGUGAAAAAUUAAGGAGUGUAGUGGUUCCUGUACAUUCUAAAAAUUAGGAUUUUUCGUUUUUACACCAUUACACUAUGGCAAUCGCACAACAACCCACCCCACCGCCAAGUGCUCCCCCAUCAGAAAUGAUGCACCAGCAAACCAGCAAAGUGUCUUCAACAACUGAACAAGAAGAUAUUGAAAAUCGUCUCAAUGAACUGAGUAGAUCGGUAUCGAACGAUCAGAACGAACCACUGGAAAGUAUACGAAAAUGUAUUGAGGAAAUCGAUCUGAAUCUUACCACGGCCAACAUUUUCAAAGUGUUCCAAACCAUACGAUUUCUGGCAGAAUAUACCGAUAAACCGACCGUUAAGCCCGAUACUCAGAAAGACUAUCUGGAUGCAUUGUUGUACAAUGUGUUGCAGUUCAUCGACAUGAAUGCCGACGAAGUGUUGAAGAAGGGUGAUAUUGCAUGUUUGAGCUAUGUGGAGGUCGAGAUGAUUGUGAAGAGAAAUCAUAUCAUGACAUCCGAGGUGGGGGUUUACAAUUUCUUAUCCGAAUGGAGUCGGCUGAAGUGUAAUGAAAAGCUGUGGGAUUUAACAUUCGAAAAUCGGCGAAAGGUUCUAGGUUCAUUGUGUUUUGCACCAAGAUACCUGCUUAUGACGGAACAUCAAUUCGAUACAUGCUGUCAAUUGAUCAAUCUAUUGGAUGAGGGAGAAAUUAGUUUAAUAAGGAAUGCAUUUAAAGGUAGAUUAGGUACGGGAAUCACUGACGCUCAAGCAGCUAAUAUAGACAAUUUCAAAAAGCCACGACCCAAAUUCGCCAGAAUGCCGGUAUUCUUAAGUCAACGCAGUGAUCCAAAGAAUUAUCCUAAGAAAAUGCGUGAUUAUGAGAAAACUUUCGAUGACACUGUCUAUCCAUGGUAUUACUGUUUUUAUGGAUGUUUUGCAUUUGUAUGUGAUUGAAUGUUGGGAGUGCAAUUAAAUUAAUUUUAUUGAUUUUGUGUUCUUAAAUGUUCUUUUUAGCAAUUUAGUUAAAUUAUUAUCAUCGGUCUACGAUGGUCUACGAUCAUUGAUAAGAUAUUUGUGUUCCUUUCUUACUAAUUUAGUUAUUACGAUUGUUAUGAUCGUGGCCUUUAUGUUGUUUAAAAUAAGCAAAAAGUAUUGUCGACAAAUUAGAAUUUAAAUGAAGACGAAAAGAUAAAUUUUUGAAUGAGACAAAAAUGGAGGUUCAGGCAGAGCUUAGACUUUUGGUAUUAUCAUAUUUCCUAUUUUUAUUAAUUGGAAAUGAUAACUUUAAGAAUUUGUAACUUGACAGCUCUUAUGGGAUUUUAUACACUCGUCUGCCAAAUUACGAAUUCCUAAAGUUACGAAUGCUACGAGAAUCUAUGCCCUGGGUUAUCAUCCACACGUUGAGCCCGGGUGAAUGGUUUAAAAAAGAAGAAGAUAAAAUUGGAUCAACUUUCCACAUAAUAUGUUACUUGCUGUUACUGAUCUUUGAUAAGACUCAUAUUGCUGAAUUAUAUGUAUUUCAACUAAAUAUGUUUCGCUAAAUACCUCCCCAAUAAUGUUCAAAAAUUAAGUUCAGUUAGGUUAAACCUUCUGUAACAAAUCUCAUAAGAAAAAGCGACGAGUAAUUUGGUCCUCGUGCUUACAAAACCAUUACGUAAAUUUAUGGAAAGUCAAAACAUAGUUUUUAAAUCGAAUUUAUUGGAAAGGAAAUUGAUUAUUGAAAAAUGUAAACGGAAAUAUCUAAAGAUUUUAGUAAAUUUAAUUUCAUUGUUGCAUAUUAUUGAUGGCUGGUUACAUGGAAUGUGUUAUGAUUAAAUGCCAUAGGCAUUGGGAAAACGUGAAAACGUUUUAGUAAAUUUUAUAACAAAUCCUAGAUUUGUGUGUUUUAUCAAAAAAAAAAUCUUUUCAAAUAUCGAAUUUCUGUAUAAUUUCUUUUGUUAUUUUAUGUUACAAAGUAUUCAAGUGAUCAUCAUUAAAAUCGACCAACCAAAAAAAAAAAAAGUUUCCACAAAGAAAUGAAAUUCAAUUUCGUAUUUCGUAUAUUUAAGUUGUCCAAAAUGCUAAAUAAUUUUUAAUUUAUGUAUACUCAAUCAAAAUACAAAUUAUUUGUAAGAUAAAAUAGAGAAAAAUGUUAACUUUAUUCCAGAAAUUUUAUAUAAUUGAAGCCUUCUUGUGCGUGAAUAAAAACUUUUUAAAGUG